AUGAAUUACAAAUACAAUUUAAUUAAAUCUCCAUCAGUUUUGCUAGAAGAGAAUGAAUUAUCAUGUAUUUGUAUUAUUAAUUUAGAACCAAAAAAUGAGACUGAUAAUCACGUAAGUAUUAACGUUAAAAACAUUGAUUUGAGUCUAUUUAACUACUUAAAAAAUGAUACUGUUAAAUUUGAUAUUUAUUGUUAUUUAGAUACUCAUUGUGAGUAUUUGGUUCUUAAUGCUAUUGGAUUAUGUUUGUUAAAAUUAAAUCUUGACUUUAUAGUUUCUUUAAAAUUUAAUGAUUCUUUUAUUGUAAUUGAUUCUAAUAAAAAAUUGUUAAAAUUUAAUGGAUGUGAUCUAAAUGAGAUUAAUAAGUUGUAUAAAAAAGUUGUAAAAAAACUUGAAUUGAUUAAAAUUUAA